GUUCAGAUAGUUUGAAUAGAAGAUGCGAGUUGGCUAUAUAUUUAACGUAAUGUACUGUUCGAAAAAGGUCUUUCACUCCUAUAGUCUGUCAAAAGAAUAGCACCGCUGCUGCCGUGAAAGUCCACUUGGAAAUUUAUCCCAGUGGCCAGUGAAUCAAAAAGGCUCUGUGCGGUCUCUCUUGUGACCACAUCGGCCUGGAAAGAAGAGCUGAACGAUAUAGUGUCCGCAGAGCUUUUCUCCACCGUCUGAAGGGGAAACAAAUGAGAUCAUACGGACAUGGGCCAUCCCAUUAGACGCCCUCCUAUUACUCGCUUACAUCAUUAUCCCAUUUUGGCACCUAAAUUCAUUCUCCGCCCCGAACAGCUUUUCACAGCAAAAACCGUCGACGCGAAGGCGCCAGGCGCCUGUUUUUCAUCUUUUGCAGGUGCCAUCGCGCGAUGCACCAGGAACUAACGCACAUGGACCGUAUAACGCAACUGCAAGAUGAAAUCCAACAGCUCCUUACCAUCAUGUCCAACAGCAUUGCCUACCUCACCACGCGCGCCAAUUUCCUGCAAGUGAGCCCGGAAGUGCCCGUCACGAAAUCGAGGAACUCGGAAAAGUAUGAUGCUGAGGAGGUAUUUGAGGCGAACAAGAAAGAACUGGUGACAGACCUGAUGGCCAAGGCGAAGCAAGUGGAAUAUCUUAUACAGUCCCUGCCACAGCCGGAGGCAGAAGAGGAGCAGGCGAAACGACUGCAGCAGCUCGAAGAAGAAAUGACCGUGGCAAACAAAGAAUACAUUGCGGCAUUACAGAGGACAAAGAACCUCCAUGCGCAAGUCGCAGACCUUCUCAGAACGAUGCUUGCCGAGCACGACAUUGACGCGGGGUGAAUUGGAUGGACGGGUGGGUGGGUGUUUGGGGCCCUCGUUUCGUUGGGAGGACCCUUGCACACAAGCGAGGUGAGAUCGCUUGGGUGGUGGGAUGACGGCACUUGUUGGCUCUGCGGUAGCGUCGUGUCUCGUGUCGCGUGUGUACUCUGGUCUCAUUAUAUCUGUUGGAACUGCUGUCACCUAGCGCAGCUAUUCAGUUGACGGCACAACUGAAAAUAAAUGUCGAGAUUACUACUCGAUAAUGUUAAGUGAUG